UUGGGGUCAAGUGUAUUAACCAAUCAGAUUGCAGGAUUGUGGCACGUAAAAACAAACUUCCAAGUUUCCAACGGUUGCAGUGGAACAAGCGUGCAGUUGCAACGGCGAACGUUAGAAAUUUGCUUUAGAUUUGUAUUUAAAUAGUAUUUUUAAAAUUUAUAUAUUACCAAUUAUAACAACGAGUCCCUAAUCUUUUAUAAAAUUGCAAGAUGGGUUAUACAAAACGCUACGGUAGGUUCGAUUUUACCGUUCAAAGUUGCUUUAUUCGUGCUUCAAAUUUUUACACCAAUUCGAACGUUGUUGUUUAUGCUGUUCUAUUCUUUUCAAUUUUAGUUGGAGUACGCCGAUGUUAUCGAAAAGCUUUCGUACAUUUACCAGACGAUGUAUUGCUGUUAGUUUUGCAGUAUUUAUCUGUGAAGGAUCUUUAUAAAAUGCGAUUGGUAAGGCACUUAUUUUGAGACCGGAUUUAAAACGCUUGAGGUCAUGUUCUACGAGACUUUUUCUGUUCAAUUAUCUAGGUUUGCCGCCGUUUCAAUAGUUCAAUCGUCAGUACACCAAGCUUAUUUAUUCAUACGUCGUUUGCUGGAAUCUGGCCGUCUCCAAAUAAUUUCCCAAUAUUUCUGAAGUAAGUAGAUCUCGACUAUAAAUUUUAAUACCAAUUGUACCAGCAUAGUAACGUCCGCCCCCAAGCCCAGGGUGGAAAGUUUGUAGGUUGCGCCGAAGAUCUUCGGCGUGGAAAAUUCACAAAUUUGCUCCAUUUUGGCGCAGAAUUACGGGAAAAUGAACUGGUGUGGCGUACUGGCGUACAAAAAUUUAUUUAGUUAUGCAGACUACAAUGUUCUUAACCAUUUCUGUUUGUAUUUCAGCCAUGUAAUAACGGGAAUUUGAUUGAGCACUGACUGUGAAUAUGUUUAAAACAGGAUUUGUGCAGCCACUGGCGCAUGUUACUGAACCUUGACCAAAUCUUUGGCACACAAAAAACAAACUUUCCACCCUGGCCCCAAGCUAAACUCGAAACCCGUUAUUUACAACAUAUCUGUCUAAACAAAGCAUGGGAUCUCUGGUUAAUCGAGAUGGGAUCUCUCUGGUUAAUCGAGAUGGGAUCUCGAGGCGGGAUCUCUGGUUAAUCGAGAUGGGAUUUCCCUUAGGCGGGCUUGCUCAAUUCCGAUAUAAACAGAAGAUGAAACUUACACAGGGCUUGAAAUAGCGUUCUCAAAGUUCCCGAUCAUGGUGAUUGGCAGUCAUGACUUUACCUGCUUUUCUGCCGAUCAUAAUAUAAGUAAUUUCUCGCCAAUCAUUGAUUAUAGUGAUCGGCUGUUAUUUGAACUCCUGUUGACAGGAAAUAAUAACAAACGAGGCAUCUUGUCAAAACUGUAUACCUGCUUGAGUACCAAUGCUGGCUCAUCUCAUAAAAAGCCCAUUAGCACAGAGUAGAGAUCUUACAGAAGGCCUUGGAUUUUGGCAUAACCAUUCUGUCACCAUGUUCCUAGCUCAUGAGAGGCAUUCACCCCUGAAAAUAUUAAAAAUGACUGAUGCUCAGAGUGAAUUUUGAUGACGAAUCAUAUGGCAGCGGUUAUGCUUUUUUGACUGUGUCAACCUUCUGUUAGCUCUAUUCUGUGUCCUAAAGCUGCAGCAUACUUGCAGUUAAGAUGGUUUGCUGGCAGUGGAACACCCAAAAGGUGGGAGAGGUAGAUGGCCGCAAGAAAAUUCGAAGCCGAAAUGGAGCAUGCUAACUAAUUUUUUUUUCUAGAGCAACUUCUGUUGGGAACAUUGAAGCUGUCAUAAAAUUGGGAAUAAGUUAUCUCUACAAUGAAGGAGGUAUGAAGUGAUGAUUCUAUGCUAUAUAGGCAGCAAAAUUUGCUGGGUUCCGGCUUCUGCUGGGCAUCUUAUGAUGAUACCAGUUUCUAAAAAUUUGGAUACCAGAAUCCAGAUGCAAUACCUUGGUAACUACAUCCUAUUUGAAUAUUAAACAAAAAAUUCAUGCCUAAGCCAUUUUCAUCUCCAGUACUUAACCCAAUAUGUAUAUAUAUCAUAAACAUUUCCUUCCAAAUAAUAAACUCAACACCUUUUUUCCUCUAGUAUCAACCAAUUACUCCAAGAAGAUAUCGUCAUCUGCAAAUGAGCAAAACGCGCGGAACGCAACCGAGUAUUUCUGUCAAGCAGAGAAUAUUACGUCCCAAACUGUGGCAUUUAUCUGGACGUUCAUCCGACCCCCCUGGGCACCAGGGAUCAUGUGUUGUAAAAGACAUGUGUUUAAUGGCAUCAGGAAAUACUGCGAAGAUAGAGAGGUAGAACCACUUUAAUAUAUUGCAUGCCAUAGUUUAGAGGAAAAUGUGAAAUUUUGCAAAAACUUGUGUGUUGCAAUAUAAAGACCUCAAUAGACAAUCCAGUAACAUUUAUAGCCCAGUGGCACAGAGUAAAUACCACAGAGGUCUCGGCAAGUGUGCUAAAGAGAGGCAGUCACCCUCCUGAAAACAUAUUGAAAUUUAAUGUUCCAGGGGGGGGUGACUGCCUCUCUUUAGGCCACUUGCUAAGAACAUGGCCGCCAGAUGUGAGAUCUCUGUAUGGUUAGCAUUCUCGUUCCCCGAGCCUGCGAUCCUUGGGAAGGAACGCGAGGCUCUGGGAUAAUCCGUUGCCGGAAGCCAAGAAUCCUGGCUAAGAUUGAACUAUGCAUUCCAUUUCAAUGGCCAAUCAGAUUCCUCCCUGAAACAGAUUAUCCCAGAGCAGGCUCUGGAAACGAGAUUGUAUGGUUAGUACUCUGUACCAUUGGUCUCUUACCAUAAGAGGCCUGGACACUAAGCUUUGUUUCUUAUCCUCAACUCAAGUGAGAGAAAAUGUUUAUCUCAUGAAAUGGAUGAGCUCGAAAACUACUGUGAUUUUUCAUUUGACAGGAUGCUUCCCCAUCUCUAUUGUAUUCAGUGGGAAAAAUUUUAAGUUUGCUUCAGGUAAGUUUUGAUGUUUUAUUCAAAGCAGAGUGUUUUUUAAUGUCUUGAACGAUUGAUUGGGAUCAACCACAUGAAAAAUACAAGCAGAACUUCAACAUUUUGAGCGAAAGGUCUGAAAAAUUACACAAGCUUUUUCUAUACGUCUAGUGAAUAUAAAAGAGGGCCCCCUAUACCUCUUCACAAUAUGCUUUCACGUAAAAAUAUUUUGCCUUUUCACGAGUCACGGAUUAAGAAAAUAAUCGAUCACGUUUCACGGCUAAGUAAAAUAAGCCCUUCACGCAAAAAGUAUAGGGGGCCCGAUCACGUUUCACGGCUAAGUAAAAUAAGCUCUUCACGCUUCACGCAAAAAGUAUAGGGGGCCCUCAUAAAAGUGAUCAAGUGACAAAAAAUAAACUAAUCAGAUGGAUUUUGUCAAAAUGUGUAAAAACUGUAUGAAACAAGUAUGGAAUAUGGUGAGAAAUUAAAGUAGGGGGUGCACCGCAACUCUGUUCCGGCCAGUUAUAGUUCCAGCUGGAAAUCCAAUUUUUCAGAGUUCCGGUUCCAGUAGGCCCGAACUAAUAAAAAAAACAUGACCGGAAUCGGAACUGUGUCGGCCAGAUCCAGUUUUCGGCCAGAACUUAAAAAAAUGGUUCCGGUGCACCCCUAAAUUAAAGUACUGUCAAUGUCUGCUUUUGACAGGCCAAGACAGGUAUUGUAUUUCCUAAACCAAAUUAAUUUCAUAUGGGAUACAGGUCUACAAAAGGCCAUUCUUUGUGAGGAGGUUAUUUUUUCAUUUGUAUGUGUGUGUUAAUUUGUCCAUCACAACUUGAAAACUAUCAAAUUUUGCUACUAUUUUGUAGAAUGCAGAUGGAGAACCAGAUUGCAAAGCUAAGGCCAGAUACUGGCUGGAGAAGGCGGCACUUCGAGGCAGUAGUUUUGCAAAAUUUGAACUGUGGAAAAUGAACAACAAGUUGAACACAGAGCCUGCUGUCAACUUGCGACAACUACGAGACCUACGGGAAUGUUUGCAGCAAAACAAAGAGGCACAGUUAGAACUAGCAAUGAAUUAUGCUGCUGGGAAUAUUGGCAAUCUAGAUCAAGCAACUGCGGCUGCAUAUGUACGACAGGUGAGACCGCGGCAAGCAGAAAAUACCUUGAAUGUGAUGGUCUAGUGUAGGCAGUGUUUAAUAGGCCGGUCGAGGGAUUUCUUAUCAGGGGUUUUCAAAACCGAUGUUUCAAUUUUCUCAAAAUAAAAAAGACCACCAAAGAAUCAUACAGUAAAUUGUCAUUCAUUCGCACAAUAUGCAAGACUUUAGAGUUUAGACUUAUACAGUUCCUUACGGCCGGUGAUUUGAAUGCAUGCAAGGAAGCUUGAACUAAAUGCUAAUAACCUGCAGCCAAUCAGAAAUUGAUUACCAUGCAGUUUGUGUUAUUUUUCAUAGUCCACUUUUUGUUUCUUUUCAAAAAAAAAAUGAUGAUGAUGUAAACAUGGUUUAUGUAAAAUUAAUAUGGUUUCAAAUGAUGUCAAGAGGCACGACCAGAAAAUCGGUUUAAUUAAUGCCCCCAGCCUAGUGUUGAAGCUGUCGUAAUGGAUUGUACAUGAAAGUCUCUGUCAUUUCAUUUAGUUCAUGGCUACUUCAUCACCGUGCAGAAUACGUGGUAUAUUUAAAUUUCAACAUGAGGUGACUCGUGUAAUGAGGUAUUUGUCUUGUUAUUUUUAUAAAUUUCUUUAGAGGAAUGCACUUACAAACUUUGUACAGCACAUGAUGUAAACGAUGAUACUAUAAUUGAAAAUAAAACUAUUCUUGUUGACACUUAGGUAUAUUCUAGUGGAUUGGCUUGUUGAAGUCUGCACAAUGAAGGUUUGUUUUUCAACAGCUAUACUGUUUGGUGGAUUUCAAUAUAUGCGCAUUACAGGCUAGACUUGCUACAAGUUGAGCUAAACUGUGUCGACUUGUCGCGCUUGAAUCCAUUACAGUAUUAAUUCAAAAAUACUUAAAAUUCCCUUUCAAUGUUUUCUAGAGGUGUGCGUCGAAAACAUGACAUGUACACUUCGGAAAGCGUUUUACUUAAUAACUUGUUUAAUUUGGAAAUUUUUCCUGAUCUAUAUGUAAAAAAACAUUUUUGAAAUUUUUAAAGUUCUAGGGUAUACCUUAAAGGAACACUAAAUGGUUUUCCCUACUAGACAGUAUCAUCAGGGUGUUAGCUACAGUCAAAAAUUCUGUGUUAAACGCGGUUUUCCCCAAUUACCUUGAGGUCGCAGUUUCCCAAUUUUGGGUCAGCCAAAAAAUAGCUAUAGAAAUUCAAUGUUGUUAAUACGCUAUUAAAAACAUGUUUAAAACUACAUUUGCUCAAAAUUACUCCAAAAAUGCGUGAAAUGCCAUUUCAAAGACACAAAAAUUUAAAAAAUCGAGAGGGGGCAACCGCAUGCCCCCAGAUCCACAAAGAAAUGCCCGGCUUCAGGCUAAAAUAAAUUUCCCAAUUUCAGGUAAACACGGAUUUUUUUUUACUUUUGGCUAACACCCUGCUCAUCCAUGUAUGCAGGAUAUUGCAAGACUUUCAGAAAACUUUUUUGGAUUCCCUGACUCAACUCGAGUUCAGCCAUUGCACGACUCGAAGUAACCUGAGUAUCAGGCUUUAUUUAAAGAAGGGAAAUGGCCUAUUGUACUCAGGCUACCACUCAAGUGGAGCCAUUGACUCGACUCAACUUGUUCAGACACUAAAAUGACUUUACUCGACUUGUGAUUCUAACUAUGAGUGACUCAAUUCACUACUCGACCUCGUUACAACACUGGGAAUAGGUUUCGUGAUUUAUUUCAACUGUCAUAAAAAUAAAUUUUCUAGAACUUCAGCAGUCAUGUAUUGCAUGCAGCCGUGUCCUAUGUCGAUAUAUAUUUACUGCGAAGGAAGGGGAACCGUGGUCAACUACAACUCUUAGGAAUUGGAUGUUUGCUUAUUGCUUCGAGGUAUAGUACAUCUGUGCAUGUCAUGUAGUUAAUCCGCUCAUCUCUGAUUGGCGCAGUCGCUUACAGGCUCAUGUGAGAAGAGGCUGUCAAACGCUCUGCCAAAAGUCGUGGGUUUUCUCCGAGUGCUCCGGUUUCCUCCCACAGGGAAAGUUGACAGGGUGGGUUAGGAUAAACACAGUUAAGAAAGUAAUAUCACAAUUGUUGUAAAGAUAAGAUAGUCUGAUACUGGUGAUCAUGGUGUUGUUUAACCACGCUAACAUUGUCAGCUAAAGCUUGUUUCCACAAUGCCAAUGGGCAUGUAGCCUGCGUAGCGGCUAUCAGAGAAAGGAAGCUAUCAGAGAAAACCCUGUGAACUGAAAGAUGUAUGUACAAUCAUGGGUGGAUUUACUGGGGGAGUUAGGAGAGGUUAAACCCCCCUAGAAUCUCUCUGUAACCCCUCUAAUAAAGUGUUCAUGCAACCCCCACCAAAAUUUUGCUACACCCCUCUUAUUUUGUCAUUUUGUAUGAAAAUCUGUAACUCUAACGCUCAUGCAGUGCACUCUGCCGCUUGCACCCCACUAGAAAUUGUUCCACCCCUCUUUUUAAAAAAAUGAAAAUCCGCCCUUGUGUACAAUGUAUCCCUUACUGAUGAACAACGAGGGCUUUCGUUACAAACCUAGCGAACUGAAACACAAUAUUUCAUUUUAGAUUUUUUGAGAGAAACAUUGUUACGAUUCGCGAGUCGUCCUGGUUGACAGACAACACUUAUUCUUACGAGCAAGUAGUAAGGUAUAAAAAUUCUGCUGUUAUUAACCGCGUUACUUUAUAAAAUGAAAACUACAUGCAUGGAAGGGAAUAUAAACGUCUUCGAUAUAUUUUUCCUAAAUUUCAACGAUCACUCCUAUUCUGCCUUUUCAGAAUGAUAGGCGAAAUCAUGAGCUGUUUAAGAGGAGAGACGCAGGUACGUUACGUACUAUUUAAAACGCGAACUCCGGAGUGCUUUAGCAGAUAUAAUACAUGAGCUAGCUCAACUCAUAGUCCAUGCUCAGCUCGAGUGUUUUAUAUGUGCUAAAGCACACGUAUUUUAAAUGGCUUAAAAAACGAACCAUCUGAUGAGUUCAUUGGCGAAGUAAUGUUAAAAAUAAACGUUGUUUAAGCCGAGAAAAUCAAAGCUAAAUUUAUGCUGUAAAUGAACAUGAUUUUUUUAUCACAUAUAAGGCCAAAAAAAAUAUGUGGAUUUCCGGUUUCCCGACCCUACCUAGCUCUUGGACGUCAAAAUCCCGACCCUAAACUUUUUUAUUGGAUCAUGCUUGUAAGUGUUUCCACCUAGAGGAAAAACUUUGUGGAAAAUUGAAAUUUGAGGCAAUAUUAGGGAAAUUUAUCUCUGGAUGUGGAAGCACUGACUAAACAAAAUGGCGUCCGGUUGUUCGGAAAAUUUAAAAAAAAGUUUAAAAAAAGUUUUUAUAAGAAGAAACCGGAAACCCACAUAUUUUUUUUUUUUUUCCUAAACCAUUUCCUUUGUCUUUUCUUCAUGAAUUAUUAAUGAGUUUUAAGCAUUGAUGGAUUUCUCAGGGUGCUUAAUUUAUAGCUACAGUUAAAAAUUCGGCGUUAUACGCCCUUUUCACAAUUACGCUUAGCCAGCAAUUUCACAAUUUCGAUCAGCCAAAAACGUAACUAUUAUAGGCCUGGCCCUAUAUAUAAAAGAUUGUUCAACUGCAAAACUUUUCUCGAGAAAAAUUGGGUAUCAGAUAAGUGUUGCGAGGAUGUCAUGUAGCCUAAAAUAUAUAUUUGUCUGUUUUUGGUACGCAAAACAAUGUCAAGUGACUUCAAAAGUUUCAAUUUAGCUCAGCGCUAGGCCACAAGAACGUCGCUUAAGAAACACAAUAUUCCUUAACUCCGCUCUCAAUGUCGCAGGCCAACUGAAAUUCCCAAUUUUCUGAUCUUCUGGUUAACACCCUCUUUUUGCAAGAUAUUGAACGCCCUCCGGUCAAACGAUAAUUUGAAGAGUUGAUGAGAGUUGAGUCUUGAGAAGCGAGAGUUUGCAUGAGAGUUUUCUCAACUCCCAUGUCCUGGUCAAACGAGAACGAGAGUUGCAUGAGAAUUGACUGGAUAUUAUACCGCGCGAGGCGAAAACUUUCAUCAACUCUCAUCAAAAUUCGAACCAGCUCAAAGUUGAUGAGAAUUCAUGGUCGAACCAAAACGCAAGCUUCCUUUUUCCGAGGCUUAUAGUUAUAAGUUCGCGUUCAUAGAUCUGUAUAGAAAAUAUUUAGUGUGCACUGACCAAGCCGGGAACAUUCAAUAUUACCAUGAUGUUAUCCUGGCAGUACCCAGUGCUAUAUCAAACUGCAGUGCCCACUCUGGAAGACUAGAUAACCACGUCUUACCGGCUGAUAUCAUCUGCAGAUAUUUGCUUAUUUAUUUAUCAUCUGCCUAAACACAAGACGAACUAUAGUGUUAGAAUAAGGAAUAACACAUUUUAUUAUAUACACAAGGUCUGGAUAUGAGGUAUUCUGCAAUCUGAUUGGUUCUCUACUAACAGGAUAUUAGCUCAUAUCCUGCUAGUAGAGAAAACAAAAUGGCGGCUCAAACUGAAUUUCCGAUCUUUUGCGAACGAGAAAACGGCAAGUUGUUCGCUUUUUAUAGCUUUUACAGGAUUAAAAACACGAUGAAAAAACUCCCACAAAUUGUUUACACGUUAGCAAAUUAAUUUUUAAAAUUUUAAAUAGUUAAAAAUAUAUAUUUUUGAAAAACUAAUCGGCCGAAAGAGCGAAGAUAAAAACAUAAACAAAAUAGAAGAAUAUUGAAAAUAUUCGAAAAGCAAAGUCUGUGAAUUCAGACCUUGUGUAUAUAAUAAAACAGUUAUUCCACUCACUCUCGUCGAAUAUGAGCGAUAGCCGAUUCGGCGCUACGCGCCUCAUCGGCUAUAUCAGCUCAUAUUCGACUCGAGUUCGUAGAGUAACUGUUAACUGUUCGUUCGUGAACAGACGAUAUAAAUUGGUGGCCAGUUGUUCCAAGCUGAAUUAACCAGGUUCGUACAAAACUUGAAUGUCCUUGAAUGCCCUUGAAUUUGAAAACAAAAAUUCAAGGCCUUGAAUGCCUUGCAUGUCUCAGGGAAUUUGUAAAGACUGAAAGUCCUUGAAUUCUUCUUGCUUUAGUUUAUGCCUUUAUGGAUAUUUUCUGAAAUUGUUUGACAUUCAAAAACGGACAUUUUCUUGAACUGAUUUUGCAUGUUCAUAUGCGUUUUGAACAAUUCAAUGUCACAUUUUACUGAUUUCUAACGCCUUCUUUUCAGUAUUUAGUGCUUGAAUUUGCUUAUACAUGGCCUUGAAUGUCCUUGGAAAGUCUUUGAAUUUGACACUCUCUGACGUGUACGAACCCUGAUUAACGCUAACCCUGGGUUAAAAUUCAACCCACUGUUUUAAGUUUGUGUGUUUCUACACGUCCGCUUAUUCAAACUGACAUCCGAAACGAAAACUCUUAUUAUCCAGAAGAGAUUUCUGAAGAAAUAUUCGCAAGUUUAUAAACGAGCUGUUUGGAAAUUUGCUUUGAAUUUAUAGGUUAUGGCCCGGGGCUGUUUUUGAAUCGUUUGUACAUUUUAUAAGGCCAUGUUACAUGACGGCAAGUGGAAACCACGAAUUUGCAGGCUCUUUUUAUGCCCUACUAACAUUAAAUUUCUUGUUACAGGUUUUAACGGUACCCAACUAUGUGAGAUUGUGUUCUGAACUUAUGAAAGUGAGUCGAAGUUUGUCUGAAGUUAUACAUAUAAUGUAAAACCUGUUCUUUCCAGUUUAACCAUAUCAUAACGAACCAUAGCAAGCUUUUUUUGUCGCAGUUAUUAGUAUUAACCUUACUGUACAAUAUACGACGGAAACGUGAUGACAGCGGCCGAAAAAAUUCAUUCAAAUAAAUUAUUGUAAAGAAAUGUUGUUGUCUGUGAAUACGACAUAUAUGCUGUACAAUAUUUCUUCGUGUAGUUAGCAACCUGUAAUGCAGUGAAACUCGUAUUUAAGUGAAGUAAUGAAUAAUUGAAAUACCACAGGAGUUUGUGAGAACUUUGUCGUGUCGAAUUUUGAGAAUUUUCAAAAAAAAUCCCGUUUCACAACUGCGUGUAAUUUUUCUUCUUAGGUUGAACGUAAGACAGAAGAUUUAGCUUCGUACAUUGCAGAUAUGUCAUUACUGAGAGUGGGCUCUGGAAAGUAAGUAGUUACUCGUUUCCAUCUCGGGAUGAAUAGUCGGAGAUAAAAACUUUGUCUGUUUUCACGUGAAACUUUGCAAUGAGCGCAUAUAUGAACAUCCAAUUACCUCGGCUAACCAAUACGAGGAUAUUGACAGGGGCGUAGGAACAGCGGGGGCCAGCCCCCCAAGUUUUGCCAAGUGCCCUUUUUCCGGGAGGAAAGUCCCCUUUUUGUGCGUGAAAAAAUUUCAUUAAGAUUGCAUUUUUUGCCCAAAGGGGCACUUUUGAAAACUUGAAUCUGUGUUAUUUCCGGGAAAAUGUUUUCAUUUCCGAGAAAAAUAUUAUAUAUCCGGAAAAUUUUUUGGUAUGUCCGGAAAAAUUUUUUCGUAUUUAGGUAGCCUGCGAACAGGCUCUCCUUGAACUCUCUUUGAAAUUUGAGAUUCAAAGAGCCUGUUCGCAGGCUAGUAUUUAGGAAAAAAUGUGGUCUAUCCGGAAAAUUUCUUUGGGUACCGUAUUUACUCGUUUAAGCGCCGCGGCGCUCCUUAGAUUUUCAGAGCUUCAGAUGCGGCGCUCAUUCGGGGGCGGCGCUCUUUAAAAAUAUAUUUAUUUGUGAAUUAUAACAAGAACUUUUAACAAUGAAAUUUAAACAAGUUUAUAAUAUGACAAAUUUUAAAAUAAAAUGUCUUUGUCACUAAAUGUCCCCAUUUUGACCGUGGACAGUUUUUACACUGUUUAGUGCGGCGCUCAUUCGGGGGCGGGGCGCUCUUUAAAAAAAUUUGAUCUCAAAUGCGGCGCUCAUUCGGGGGCGGCGCUCAAUCGAGUAAAUAAGGUAUGUCCGAAAAAUUCCGGGAAAAAUUUUUAGAUGCCUUUUUUUCGAAAAGUGCCCCUCAAAGCCUGCCCCCAACUUUUAGAAGCUUCCUACGCCCCUGGAUAUUGAAACGUGAUGGUAGGGGUGUUGAUGGUCAUGGGAGUUACUGUAUGAUGGUGGUGGUAGUUGUGAUGAAAAUGAAGUGUGAUUAUGAUGGUAUUGUUGUUGGAGUUAUGUUAGUGGUGAUUGUGAUGAUGUGAUCAAUAUGAAAAGAGAAUAGUUACAUCGGAGUGUAACUUUCCAAAUAAUAUGUUUGUACGUUUGCAUGACGAUAAAACAUAUAAUAGUUUUGUUUGUGGAAACGCCACGUAAAUUUAUUACUGCAAAGCAUUCGAUCCAUAAGCCCGGAUCUUCAUCAGUGCUAAUAAUAUGUGACUUGUUCAAUUCACGCGCGCCCUUUUUAUAUAAUAUGUACUCUAUAUAAAACACAUAUACAAUAGAUAAAAAAUUCAAUAAAAUUGUAGUUCUAUAUGAACUGGAAUAAGCAUCUAUUUACAAAUGAUCGCUUGUAUCUCUCUGUACGAAUUUUCGAUAGAAUAAAGCUAUGUCCUCGCUUUCUAAGUGUUCUAGCUCUCUUAGGGGGUAAUAGUUCGUGUAAACUAUGAGUUGUGUCUUCCGACAUUACGUUCCUCUCUCUUUCUAAUUAUAUCAGACAACACGUAAUUUUUAGACGUGUAGCCAUAUCGAAAGGCUCGUUUUAAAAAUACAAUGUAGUAGUGGUUAACAAAGUAGUGGUAAAUGAAGUGAUGAUGAUAAAAGUGAUGUUCAUUGUUGUUAUGGUGACGAUAUUGAUGGUGGUUGUAGUGCUGAUAAAAUUGUUGGUGGUUGUACUGCUGAUAAAAUUGUUGGUGAUGACAAUAAGUAAUAUUUAUUUCACUCCCAUUAGGUUUUCUUGUGCUGUCAUGGGUUUCUCUUGUGCAUUACUGGCGCAGUUAAUAUGUUUUCCUGGUAAGCAUUCGAGGGACGUACACAAUCAUAGAUGACCACCAUAGACAAAUUGCCGUUGAUUUAUAUGUUUUUCAGAUAGUUCAGACAGAAACCACGACAGCUUAUUGUAGUAUUACUACUUACACUGGACCAUCACAUUUGAGAUAUCUUUUUCAGGUAGUUCAGACACAAACCACGACAGCUUAUUGUAGAAUACUGCCUACACUGGACCACCACGUUUGAGAUAUCUUUUUCAGGGGCCGGUUGUAUCAAACCCGUUUAGCUUAAACGGUGGUUAAGCUCAAAAUAGAAAGCAAGUCUAUAGAUUCAUUAAACAACCAAACUAAAAGUUUUGAACCUUAAUAGAACGAUAAUGUUACAACUAUAUAUUCAGUGCAGAAUAUUUAAGUUGACUGAUUCACAAAAUAUAUAAGAGUGUUAUUUAAUUUUGUCUUAUUCACCGUUUAAGCUAAACGGGCUUGAUACAACCGGCCCCAGGUAGUUCAGACACUAACCACGACAGCUCAUUGUGGAAUACUACCUACACUGGACCACCACGGUUGAGCCUGGUAGUUCAGGCACUAACCAAGGCAGCUUAUUGUAGAAUACUACCUACACUGGGCCACCAUGUUUGAGAUGUAUAUUUUCAGGAAUUUCAGGCACAAACCACGAUAGCUUAUUGUAGAAUACUAGUUACACUACCUACACUGGAUUGCCAAUAUAUUCAUUCAUUUCACUCCACACUAACUUAUAUUGUAAAUGAUCCACAUUUUUUACAGAAAUGGUGUGGUGUCCUAGUUUAGAAAUCUAUCUUCCAUUUGAUAGAAAUACCAUCGUGGCUUGUAUGUAUUACCUUGUCGAGGCUUGGUAAGUUAUUGUUAAGCUAUAGUGAGGUGAAGUGUCACAAAAGCUUAGUUUUGUUGUAAUCGUGGCCGUAUAUCUUAAGUUAAGUUAUCGCGAUAAGUUAAGUCGUUUCAUGACUUUGUCAAACAAGAACAAGAUACACCCUUCCGGAAAAUAUUCAUGGCUAUAACUAAGCUUUUGGGAGGCUGAAUUGCAUACGCAUAUGAUUAGGCUAUAUCAUAUGCCAGGAGGCUAUAUUAUACAGAAAAAAAUUUUCUUACGAAGUGUAGACCCUAAGCAACCAAAAGAUGUCAACUAUUCACUUUGAUCUAUCAUUGAAACUUUCUCAAGGGCAGGUGCAUGCCUUUUUAGAGGAGGUGCAAAAAUUCUCAGGAGAGGCGCAAAACGAUCUCGGGGAAUAGGUGCGCACCUCCCCUCAAAAUCCGGCCAUGUCCUUGAGCGCACUGACCAAGCCAGGGACAUUCAAUAUUACCAUGAUGCUUUCCUGGCAGUACCCAGUGCUAUAUCAAACUGCAGUGCCCACUCUGGAAGACUAGAUAACCACGUCUUACCGGCUGAUAUCAUCUGCAGAUAUUUACUCAUUCACCUGUUAGCAGUUGACUGAUUAUAAUUACACCCCAUCCCCCAAGUGAGAAGAGUGUUUUCAGAUUUUUUAGACCUACAAAGAAUGGCUUGCCUUAGAACUGAUAGAGCUAUCCAGUGUAGAUGGAUUUUUGUACAGGAGAUGUAAUUUUCGAGAUAUGAUAAACUCGCAUCCUCGCUUGACCCGAGGUGGUUGUUCGUUCCUUAAGCUUUUAGCCCAUUUAUGUUUCAGCUUGGCGCAAGAUUGUCCGAUAGAUAAGCAAAAUGGACGUCUUAAAGCUGUAAAAGAAAGGUCAGUAUAUAUUUGCUGUGCUGAGUGGUUAUAUUACUACCUUAAAAAAUAAGCAGAAACUCGACGUUUCGAGCGAAGGGUACAGACAGUUUCAGUAUAUAUUUGUCAUUUUAAUUGCCCGCAAAAAAUAGAUCUCCUGGCAUCAGUCGACACUUUCGGCUCAAAAAUGGUUAUUUUUACCGCGCGUAACACUAAAAUACUCAAAAUUCGCUAAUUUCACAGGGCUAUAGUUUCCGUAUUUUACAACAUUUCGCAACCAAACUUUGCAAUUUUACUAAUUUUAGGAUGCUCUUUUGAGCUAUAAUGAUAUAUUUCGUCUUUCUUGUCUAGAUAAAACAUUAGUCGAUAGCUGGAAUUGUCUAUUGAAAAAAUUAACUAGGAAAAUCAAUUACGUAUAAUUCAAGAUCAGCAAAAUUAAUGUUUUUAACAUUUAAAAACAUUUUUAUUGUUAAAAACAUUGAGUUUACUGAUCUAAUUAUGCAUAAUUGUUUCUCAGUUAUUUCAAUUAAAGGGGUUCAGCCUGGCUGAACUGUGCCUUUGAAGAGAAACUCAAGGCGAUAGUUUAUUUCAUUUAUGGGCGGUUAUUGCCGUAGUUUAAUGUGAGAACGAUGAAUACAGAAUAUUACAAUUAUAAUUAACGUAUUUUAUGAAAUUUUUGUAUUUCAGAUAUGAAUCGCCUAAUUUUUCAAACGUGAGCAAAUUGAAGGUACCGUCAUAUGUUUUAUAAAAAACGCGUAAAAAAAACCCAGGAAAAUUGUUAGAUGUGCAAACAAGUUGUAACAAGGUUAUUGUCAAGCUGAUAUCAGGAUGUGUUCGCACUGCUUGUUCCCAGUUGUUGUGGCAAGUCUGAAACGAGCUGUUAUCACCUUGUUACAAAGUCGAUGACGGCAACAGACUUGCUACAAGUUGUUCCAACAAGACCAAUACAGGCUGUUCGUUGUCAUUGACAAUUGUUAACAACUCGUUACGUGUAGAUGAUUUUAGAUUUGUUGUUUGCCUUGACAAGACGUACAGUACUGUAUAUUAAAUUCGAUAUACUUUCUUCAAGUUACGGGGUAAUGUUUUGACGUAUUCCCAAACACCCGAUUUGGGUAUCAAUUUCCUGUUUGUAAUCUAAAAUGACUGAAAAUUGCAAACUUCGCAAGGCUAUAUUAUCCGCAUUUUACAACAUUUCGCAACGAAACUUCGGAAUAUUACCAAUUUUGUGAUGCUCUUUCCAUAGGCAGCCCAGCAAAAUGUGUAAAAAUGCAUUAAACGCUUAAAAAUACGUAUAAAGUUCGUCUCAAUUUGCUAUCAAGCGAUUUAUAAUAUACUAUAUGAAAAUACAAGACGUAAACAUUGGAAUCUGCAUGUUAAUGAGCUACACAAAUAAAUCGCUUGAUAGCAAAUUGAGACGAACUUUAUACGUAUUUUUAAGCGUUUAAUGCAUUUUUACACAUUUUGCUGGGCUGCCUAUGCUCUUUCAAGCUGUGAUGAAAUUUUUGUCUAGACUUGUCUAGAUCAAAAUUUUAGUUAUAAGGUUAAAGGUCUAUUAGACUCAAAUGCUCAAUUAGACUCAAAUGCCUUGUUUUUUUGUUGUUGUUUUUUUGGGGGGGAGGGUGUAAUUGCUUGGAUGUUCAUUCAAGAUGGCCUUACAUUUUCAUGACAUUUUUUCUUAUAAAUGAUGCCAUUUGUUGUAUUUAAAUUAUUAAUACGGAAAUUGACCCAUUGUUCCAGAUGCCUCCUAAAGACGAAAUGAAAGAUCUGAUAAUUCACUUCCGGUUAUUUAACGAAACCGCUGAUACUGUGGCGGACGAGACAACGUUGAAUACAACCGCCUGCAGUAUUGCGUCAAGCGGUUACGAUGGCGACGAAGAAGACCUGGGCGAAAUGAUGGAUAGUGAUGAUGAUGAGGUGAUGGCAUGGUAUGAUGAUGGAUUAGAUGGGAUAGAAAAUGUGGCAAGUCCUAAGGAAACUCCAAAGAACACCCCUGAUGGUGCAAAUACCGAACACAUAGAGCGAUCAACUCCCAGUUUUUUAUCGCCGAGCUGGUUCCAGGAUGUUGACCAAUCAGGGCUGACGAAUAACCGCAGUGUCUCGUUAAGCGGAGACAGUAGUAGGGGAGGACAUGCUGUGCCGAGAGCAUACAAUUCUGUCAGCACACCAGCAAGCAUGCAUCGUCGGCCAUUAAUGGAUGUUAAUAAUAGACCACAUUCAUCAGGGAACUCUGGUACACGCAAAGCGCAUGCGCAAUUUAGACCAAUCGAUAAUACACCGACUUCUGAGAAUAUGGACAUGAACUAUUAAAAAUUGACAAAUUAUAAAUAUUGUAUAAAUGUAUAUAUUAAAGUUUCUUCCUAGCUAUUUUUUUAAAAUUGAACAAAAAAUAUUCAUAUUUGUACAGCCAUCUCUAUGCUUUCAAUGAAAGAAGUUGUUUUUAAGCAAAGUUUUGACUUGCUUUUUAGUGUAGAUGGCCCUAGUUAAUGUGUACAAUGUAAUUUCUUUAGGCAUUCAAUAUUAUGA